GCCUGUUUUUAUUCAUAGUAAUGUUAAAAAGUUACAUUUAAAAAAUGUAGUUCUAGUGUGUUCAUACAUGUUUUUCCUGUUUGGUCUGCCACCUAAAGUGUGGUUUGGAUUCUGGCCUCCUGUGCGACUGAGUUUGACACCCCUGCUCUAAACCUUUCCAAGCUUUUUUCAAAAUCAGCAGUCGACACUGUCUUGUCUAUUUGGAGCUAGGAUCUAGAAAUAAGGAAUUUUUUAUUGUAAUGAGUCAAAAUCAUUUUGCCCCAUAAACGUUUGACAAGAAAAACUGAAUUUAAGACAAAAAAAAAACAAAACCUUAGAUUGCAUUCUCAUUUUAUCCUAAAAUGAGUCAUUUCCGCUUAUUAAACUAUUUUUUUCCAUUUUAAUGAAAAUAUUUUUUUUAUUUUUUAACAUUAAAAAAAACUCUAAAAUACAAUUUGCUGAGAACUGCUAACUUAUUAUUUGACUUUAUAGCAUUCAAUUUGAAGUAAUUCUAUCAAACACUCAGCUUUUAUAGCUAUUUUUUCCUUUUUUUAAUAAGGAUUUUCUGCAUGGACAGAUCCUUUUAUUACUUUCUAGUGAUUUCCUUCUUAAGUCUAGUUUUCUUUUCCUACUCUUGGGAUACCCCUUUUGUAGUGUCAGAAACAAACAAAAAAAUAUCUAAAAAAAAAUGACCAAUAUGGAGUUUCUUUUGGGGAAAAUCCCUCAUCUUUCUUCGAGUUGACUAUAUCGUCAUGGAAGACUCAAGAUCAGAACAACAGGCUCUAUCUUGGGAGGAAACAGAUGCAGGUGUCUCUGUGGGAGAGAUGCACGUGGGAAACUCCUCACAUUCCUCCUGCUGAUACUGAGUGUGGUCACAGCGCUCUGAGAUGGAGAAAACGCUGCUGUGGAUUCUGGCUUUAUACUGCCUUAAAUGUGUGUUUCCUCAGUCCUCACUUCCAAAGAGACAGUGUGUUUUUCAAGUAAGCCACAAAAACAGCGGUGGAUACUUAUCUGCUGGUAAUGUGAGUGGAUCCCUGCAGCUCUGUGAGAACACCCGCUGCUGCAUUGCUAUCUAUCGCAUGAUAAACGACCAACCACAGGUGGACACUCUCGCUUGUGGUAAAGUAGAAACAUUUUGUCCGGAUGCAACCUGCAAGGUACAACUACGCCUUAAAAACCGCUUCAUACGAUGUGUGUGUGGGACAGAUCUCUGCAACGGUAACUUCACGUGGACUCCAGAUUCAGAGCAGCAUCCACUCACCGACUCCAUCUCUGCAGCUGACAUCUUGAAGAUUGUUGUGUUGGUGAUGUUUCCAAUCCUCGUCUUUGCACUCGCUGCCAAGUGGAUUUAUUUCUACAAAAAGAAAGCAAAAGCAAUCAGCCAAGACAGAGAGAAAAAUCUACAAUCUGUUGAUCCUGAUGACAACAUCCUGCAACCGUGUUCUUGUCAACCAAAAACUCCUGCGAGUUACAUUACGAACAUCGAACUACAGCAGGUUGUGGGACAAGGACACUUUGCAACAGUUUUUAAAGGGAAUUACAAGGAUGCUGCAGUGGCUGUGAAAGUGUAUCCUGCUGGGUGGAAAGAUAAAUUCACAACAGAAAAGGAUAUUUAUGAAUUACCGCUGAUGAGGCAUGCUGGGAUUGUUCACUUCCUGGGCGCAGGGAGGAACCCAAGUGACAGAAGCUGGUUUGUUGUGCUGGAGUUUGCAGAACAUGGUUCUCUCCACUCCUUUCUGUGUGAAAACCCCCUCAGCUGGAUGCAGGCUCAGGACAUGUGCCUGUCCUUGUCCCAGGGACUUUCCUAUCUCCACUCUGACCUCCACAGCUCUGGUGUGCACAAACCGGCUGUGGCUCAUAGAGACCUGAGCAGCUUCAAUGUUUUGGUGAGAACAGAUGGAACCUGCGCUCUCUGUGACUUUGGAUGCUCCACUGUUCUGCGUUCUUGCUCGAGGCCGUGGGUUAUGAAACAGACCAAAAACACAAUGGGUUAUGCCCAGCUCGGUACUCAUUACUACAUGUCUCCUGAGAUCCUGGAAGGCUCCGUAAACCUGAACAACAGCUCCUUUCUGCUGCAGGCCGACAUCUACGCUUUGAGUUUGAUAUUGUGGGAAAUAUGGAUGCGCUGCUCUGAUUUAUUUCAGGGUGGCGCCGUCCCUCAGCAUCUUUUGCCGUAUGAGCUGGAGCUGGAAGCCAACGUGACGCUGGAGAGACUCUUCCUCUAUGUGUGUGAAAUGGACAGGAGACCUUCAAUCCCUGAAUCCUGGGAGCUGCUGCCGCAGGGAUCUGCCAUGAAGCAACUCCUCACUGAAUGUUGGGACCGGGACACAGACGCCCGUUUAACAGCACACUGUGUUGUGGACAGAUUAGUGUCUCUACAGGCUGAUUUAUCACUGUGAUUAUUAGUAUGUGUAUAUAUAUAUAUUGUUGGAGUUGGAAAGCUCUUUUUGUUAUAUUUGUACACUCUUUGUUCUCAUUCUUUUUUUUUUAAUUCAAGUCUAGUACCGGUAGUUAUAUAUUCAACUAAAUUGUUAAAGAAGAUUCAAAAUAUCAAUUUUCUUAGGUAAAAUCAUUUGAUAAAGAGUUGUGUAAAUAUUG